AUGGCUUCCGGUGAAUUUGACAAUGUUAAGGCGGAGAAAGAAGAUGCUUUAUGGAAUUACAACAUGGAGGGAAAUUUGAGGAUCGGUCUUAGCUUCGUCGGGAUUUUGUUGGUUUUGUUUUUGCUGUCGUUGUUCUUGUUACCCUCUUUGAUUCCUCCCACCGUCGAGAUUGCUGGAGAUUUUCGCAGAUAUUUGGUUUUCACUUAUGACAAGCCACUCUUCAUUUUCAUCCUCGUAAACAUCAUCAUCCUCGCUGUUUAUGUUUUGUCUAAGAAAAGCCAGAUCCAGGAACCAACCGCCGGUAGUGAUAUCUACGACAAGUACGUUAGCUCUCGCCGAAGUGUACCCCCAUCGUCCGUCGAUUCCGCCGCUCUCGCCACAGACGAGACCACGGUGGACAAAAAAACCAUCCUGGUGAAAAAUGCGGCUGCUCUAGUUUCUCAAGUAAAGCAGCAACGUACAAUUACAGAGACAAAAUGUUCCGUUUCCGCAGAUAAACAACAACCUACGGAGAAUCGUACAGAUCCAAGCGAAGUGAUCAAGCAAAGGGAGUACCUAAGAAGUCGAUCGAUGGUUUCAGAAUCUCUAAUUCAACGAACCCGCGAGUUUCGGAGGUCGGAGACGGCCAUGAUCAGUGGAGAACUGAUGAUUUCAGGCACAGAGCCACCGAGGAAAUCAAUGGAUGAGAUGAGCAGCGAAGAGUUUCGGUGGAUAAUAGAUAGUUUCAUUGCCGAGAAAAAAAAACCCUGA